UCACAACAACGACAUAAAGCUUGGUCGUAUUGUAUGCUGUCACGAGAAACUUUGCUCGCUAGCUAUUAGAUACAUAGCCUACUAACUACAACAAUCUACCAAAUGUGCUAAUAGUAGGGUUACGUUGAAUUGGCUCGUGCUGAUAACUUAUUGACAGAGAGAGCGUGCGGAAGAAAAGUUACCAUAUGGACUUUUGAAGAAGAGUAGCCGAAAAGUGCUUGUCCAACAAAGGCGUGGGGGUCUCUAGCUAUAUUCUAUGCUUUUUGUAUUUGCUUAGCCAUCUCAGAAAUGUCUGGUCGACGCAAGAAGUGUAACUGUUGGAAUAAUCUUAUCUCAUUGCAUUGAGUGCUGUGUAGCGACCUGGGACAUCUACCAAGAGGUGGUGCAAGAAUAAUAUAAUCAUGGCAGACCUCAGGAUUUACAACGUUGUCAUUCUGGGACUAGGAUUUCUGUUCAUUUUCACUGCCUUCACCACCUGUGGAAACAUUGAACAAACCAUAGUUAAAGGCCUGGACAAUGAUACCUUCACUGGAAGUGGUUAUCACAGCCUUGGAAUCAUCUAUGGAAUUUUUUCGUUUUCAAAUUUGUUAGCUCCAACUGUUGUUGCAAUAAUUGGACCACAGUUUACAAUGUUUUUCAGUGGAAUUCUUUACAGUGGUUACGUAGCUGUAUUCAUCACCCCAUCAACAUGGUCCUUUUACUUCACCUCAGUACUAAUCGGCAUAGGAGCAGCCAUGCUUUGGACAGCCCAAGGACACUUCCUUGUGGAGAACUCUGAUGCUUCCACCAUCAAUAGAAACACAGGGAUGUUUUGGGCCCUUUUACAGUGCAGCAUGUUAUUUGGCAAUCUUUACAUUUAUUUUGAUUGGAAUGGAAGGACAGAAAUAUCAGAUAGGAGCAGAAAGACUAUCUUUAUAGGUCUGCUGGUUACCUCAGUGCUGGGAACACUCAGCUUCCUGGCUCUGAGAAAGACUCUUCCAACAGAGGAGGAGAUGCUCAAUGAGGAGGAAGGCCAGCCUUUGCUCUCAUCUCGCAUGAUGUAUAAGCAAAGAGCCAACUCUGCAGUACAAGAUGCAAAGUCAGAAUUCAGGACAAUCCGGCAACUGCUCAAAACCAAAACCAUAUUGCUCCUGAGCUGUUGCAUGGCAUACAGUGGUCUGGAGCUAUCAUUCUACAGUGGUGUGUAUGGGACAUGUAUCGGGGCAACAACAGAGUUUGGAGCGGCAGCUAAAGGCUUGAUUGGGAUCUCCGGAAUCGUGGUGGGGAUUGGAGAGAUAGUUGGUGGAGGCGUCUUUGGACUAGUAUGUAAGAACAACCGAUUCAGACGGACAUCUGUGGUCUUCCUAGGGAUGGUCGUCCAUUUUGUCGCUUUCUACUUGAUCUACCUCAACAUCCCAGAUGAUGCCCCUGUGGUUUUAAAAACUAGCACACUAAACAAGCCAUAUCUGACACCAAGUAUCUCCAUCGCAUUGCUGUGUAGUUUCCUGCUUGGACUCGGUGACAGCUGUUUCAACACUCAACUGUACAGCAUCUUGGGGCGUGUUUAUGCUGAGCAAAGCGCGCCUGCUUUUGCCAUCUUCAAAUUCAUCCAGUCCAUUUUUGCAGCAGUUGCCUUCUUCUACAGUGGCUACUUGCUGUUGACAUGGCAACUGCUUAUUAUGGUCAUCCUGGGCUUCACUGGAACACUCUGCUUCUUCAUGGUGGAAAGAAUACAGAACUUCUCUGUAGACCUACAACAAGAGUAUUAGGACCUGUCAUUUCAACACUGGCACAGUCAUGUGUGUCAGACUUACAUUUUUAGGUUUUUUAACAGGAAAGAUACUUUGCACCUUCAAGGUCUUAGCUUUAACUUAUCUUGCACAACACACUAAUUAUAUCAUGAUUAAAUGUAAUUUUUAAACUUUUACAAUAGGAUUGUGUAUGUGUAAUAUGUCGUAACCACUCACAUGAUGUAUUAGCUGUCUUUAUGCGUUGCUCUCAGGGUUGUUAUUUAAGAUAGUCUCAUUGUUGCAAAUUCUGUGGUUGUGUUAUAAUACGUCAUACAUUUCGUAACUUGAUGGAAUUGUUUUUAGAUGUUUGUUAGAAUUUAAGAUGCAUACGAAACAGAAGAAAUGUUCAUAUUGAGGCUUAUUGAAUGAUCUUACAGUUUGAGAAAAUAUGUUGUUAGUGACAAAAACACGCUAGCUAUGUAUGGGAAACGAUAUUGAUGUAUACCGGAAAAUGUAAUGCUGUGUUGAAAUGUGUAUAGACAGACAAAAUUGUUCCAACCUAAUCUAUGACAAUUCUCAACAUCCACCAUGCCAAAGCUUACAAGAGCUAUCCAGUGAUUUAAAAAAACCAAUAUUGCCUUAUAAUAAUACAAUUACUGUACAACUUAUUUUCUGUACCCAUGGCAUGUAGUAGAGUAGUUAGAAAAUACAUCCAUAAGCAUUAACAUUUAUGGUAUCCUUUUACUUCCAUUUUUUAUAUUUUACAUAUCAAUAUGUUGUCAGUCAUGCAUACUAAGUGCCUGUUAAUGUUUUGGUGGUUUGUAUUUGUUAUAAAUAAAGCGAAUGUCUAUUGUAAACUUCAACAAAAAAAAGAUUAGGUAUAAGUAACCUAUUUGCAAUAUGAGUUCCUGUCCUCUGUGGUAAUGAGAAGGUACAAACACAAUCAGAUUUUAAAAAUGUAAAUCAACUAGUGCGCUUACUUGUACCUCUUCUUGGUUUGUGUCUUCCAAAGUGUUGGUAGACGUCACUGGGCAAGUGCAACAAUUGAUUUUUUUACUGGGAAUUGAAGUUCUAGAUUGCACAUUCAAUAUCAGAGGUUAUUGUGUGGGACAUCAACAUGCAAUACACAUUAUGCUCAGGAGAUGGUGCUAAAAUACCACAGUAGGCCUCAAUUUAGAUUAGAAUGAAGGAAACACGGUUAUGUUGAUCAUACAAUAAAAAGCACUCUAAUUCAA